CAUUAUUCGUUCGUCAUUCUAUUAAUAUAGGACAAUGUUUUUCUCUGCUGCCUUGUUUUUUCUUGUCCUCUAUUUAGGAGAGAGUAUUUCUCUUGUUAACACAGGCCAGUAUGUUAUUGUCCCGCUGCAUGUUUUACAAGGCUGGAGUCAGGAGACGAAGAACUAUAACCACAUCCAGUGUCUGUUAGCUUGCUCAAGACAAACCUCCUGUUUUUCAGUGAAUUAUAAUCGCCAGGGUAAAAUCUGUCAGAUGAACAAUCAAAUACGUGAGAUUGCUGCCGAUGGACACUUCUUAUCAAACUCCUCAUACGAUUACAUGGAAAAGGUCAUCAAUAAAGAAUUUCAGAAAGAUGGUGUAUAUUUCCUGUCAGUUUUUCAUGAUUACCAGGAAGCAGAAAAAAUUUGCAGAAUCCGUUCAGGCUCAAUUGCUUCUUACGAGCAGUUAUACAACGCGUUUCAACCAAGUCUGAAGAACUGCAAAGAGGGCUGGCUUAUCAGUGGAGAGAUUGCAUUUACCGAAAUAACAGGUCAAUGCACAUUAAAACCACCAGAACAGCGUAGCAAUGUGUUUCCUUGCAAAAUAUAUCAAAGUGGGGUUUAUUGUUACAGAGAUUAUAACGAAUCGGUAGAUAUAUUUGACUAUUUACCAAAAACCCAACGGAUCAUUCGACUGACAGACAGUAACUCAAAAAAGUUGAAUGCAGAAGAUGCUGAGAUAUGUUGCAGUACUGACUUCGGUGGUCAUCUUGCAAUGCCUGUUGAGGUGUAUACAACCUCGUUGUCACUAGGAGUUAAUCUUUGCGAAGCAGGAUGGCUUUCAAAUUGGUUGGCAGGCAACCCAUGCUAUGGGCAUAUGCCACCUGACUUUUGGCUUUUUCCAAUAGGUAAUUUAAUUCGGUUCAAAAGUCCGACAAACGAAUAUAACGCAUUUUGUUUUGUCCCUCUCUCAAAACAAAACAUAACUUAUACUGACCCCUUCCCGUCUCAUCGUGUCGCGAGUGUAGAAAUGGGUUACACUUUAAAUUACUAUGAUGCUCGUGAUUUCUGCAAAAGUCGCGGCGGUAGAAUGGCAACGAGAGCGGAAGUAGAGUACGCACAGCAGUCAGGAUAUGACUGUUGUAGUGCUGGCUGGGUCACUAGUGGAGAAGUCGUUUACCCUGUAGCAAAAGCCAGGGGUGGUUGUGCUAAUUACACUGUGUCAGUUAUUACCUGGGGUUACCAAAAUAAGGCAACAUUUCUUGCAAGCUCCUUUUGUUAUAUGGAAUAAAACAACUACUGGUAGUUGUAAAAUCGCACGGGUUGACUGCCUCAUUAGAAUAAUGAUGCUAUAAUUAUUUAAACCAGAGAUUACAGAGUAAUAGAUAAAGUAUGCAUAUAUGUAGGAGUAUAGAUAAUUAUUCAUAUCCUAACAAUCCAAAUAAGUGUAUUAAUUCUUUGAUUUAUUAACAUUUAUUGUUUUCAAUUGUACUACUAUGCUUGUAUUUAAAAUUUUCAUACUAAAGUGCUUAAACCUUUUACUAAGCAUUAUUUACAUAUUGACUAAUUGCCUUCGAUUUACAACAAAAGAUUUAUUACACGAAUUUUUCAGAAAGUCAUAUAAAAAUAUCGAAAUGACAAUUAUGAUAUGAAUUUACGUAAGAUUAUUGGAACUUGAUACUUGUAAUAUUAAUGAUUGACAGCAGCUUAAUUUUUAUCGACAUCUAAAGCUUUGUCUUGUUUAAAUCUCUUGUGGAAUUACAUUAU